CCAACAUUCAAGUUAUCAAUGAAAGAGUUUUUACUCGUGUUCCUUUGUGAACGUUUGUGCAAGACUUCUGUCGAGGAUUCCAGGAGAUUGUACGUGUCUCUUGUCAACUAGAUAACACGUGUAGUUGUGGCGAGCAUCUACCCUAUAUCAAUUUCCCCUUUCCACGAGUUGAUUAUGUCCGAUUGGUUUAAUAUACCAAUUGCCCUUUGUCACGAGUUGGGAUUGUCCGAUUGAUUCCACAUCUAUCUUUUAUAUCAAGUUGGAGAAAAGCUUCGAAAAUCCUUAAAAAGAAGGAAGGCUACGUACUUUGGUCAUAUCAUCCGAGUUCGAGGGUUCUCUUCGGAUUUGGAUCAUAUCACUAAUAAAAUUAAAAUUAAACUAAAAUAUGUUUAGUCCACCCACCCUCGUCUCCUUCACACUCCCGCUGGAUCUCGAUUCUUCUUCUCCCCUGCCGGCUUCCCUGUAAAAUCAAAACCCUCACUGCGUUUCAACUCCGUCGUCCCUCCGUCAUAGCCCGGAUUGCGACCUCCGAGGCCGGAGAUGAAGAAACCCCAUCCAAUGCUGGAGACACGCUCCUCUUAACGAGGAUCUAUGUGGAGACCGAACGGCCUCCAGUUGCCGGUUCUCCCUCUAGACAAGGACGGGGAUGAUAUUCCUUGUGCUUCAGUCGUGGCUUUCGCAUCGUCACUCGGCGAGCUCGGUGCUAUUUUCCUCUCCACCGCCGACCCUUUCGCCCAGUCCAAGCUUUCUCACCGUGCUUUCUCCCGGUGGGCCGAUGAAGGCCUGCCGAUUGGGUGUCGCACCCCACCGGACCGCCCUGCCCGCCCACCCCAAACCUUUUCUACUUAAUAUGUGUCCCUGCCGAUGCUUAGUCUCUCGGUGCUAUUGUACUCCUUCUCGGCAGCCUUUUGCUUCUUGAGUUCCUUCUCCUUAGCCUAAUAACAGUACAAGACGAUA